CUCCGCUGAGUUGUUCGAGUCCGGUAAUUACCUCGUUCAAGGGCCGCAAUUAGAUGGACAUGUUGUCGUGGAGCACGUGGACUCGAGUCGCCGUGCUCACUGGUGUAAGGUUAGCUAUGAGAUCAUGGUUGACCGCGAGAGCGAUACCUACAGUUGCGAAUGUGCCAUGUUUGAGCACAUGGGUAUCCUUUGUCGGCAUGCUCUGAAGGUGAUGGUGCACGUUGGUGUGUGCCGAAUCCCUAGUCAUUACAUUUUGAAAAGGUGGAGUAGGGAUGCCCGUGAUGUUCUUCCUGAUCACUUAAAAUGUUAUCAGAAGGACUCGGACCUGGGGGUGUCUAAGACGUUUAGGCACAACAUUCUAUAUGUGCGCGCUCUGCAAGUUGUCAAGCUUGGCAAUAUGAGCGUCCCGCUCUUCAACCACGCCGUGCAGCGACUGCUAGCCCUGGAGAAAGAACUGAAUGCCAUGGCUGAGGAAGAAGCAGAAAACAAAUCAGCUGGCUUGUGCGGGUCUGAAACUUUGAGGUGCACGUCUCCUGCUACCCUUUCUGAAGAAAUUCCGAACUCAGGGGCAUAUGCCGGUGAAGCUGCGCCCCCUGAUCUCAUGUCUGAACCGGUCGACGUCCCUUUGUCACCGCAGAGAAUGCCCCCUGACCUUGCGUCUGAUCCGGUCGAUGCGCCUUUGCCGCCACAGAGAAGGCCCUCUCGUGGUCGUCCAAAAUCUCAGAGGAUGAAAUCGGUGCUAGAGCAUAUAGGGAAGAAGCCAGCGGCGACCUACGCCGUGUGCGGUUCUGAAGAACACCAUACCGAGGAAUGUGAAUGUAUGCAGAUGCCUGAGCGCGGCGAUAGCAGCGAAGACAGCGAGCCUGAACAUCCGGACCCCGCACCGUCAGGUUCGUGUGUUCGUAGGGCGCAGCCGAUGAGGCCCAACAAAAGGCAGUCUAAAACUGAAGCUUCAGAUGUGUGUGUCAGUAAGACUGCCGCUGCACCAUGGUUUUCUCGAGGAACAACGCAGCAUCAUGGUCUCCGCCACAAUGGGGCGUCUUCGUCGGCUAAUGCCAUUGAUCGAACACCAAAGAUGAAGCCUCCCGCUCCACCACGCAGAUGCAGCGUCUGUGGCGAGAAAGGACACUACAAAUCUUCUUGCCCUGAUCACGAUGCCGGUCCAAAGCCGGCCCAAACUCGUCGAUGCAAAAAAUGUGGGAUCGGAAAGCACAACUCCAGGACCUGCAUUGUGCUCCCCCAAUUCAAACGACCUCGUCGCGGAGACUAGAUACAAACUGGACA